ACAGAAACUCCUAUUGACUCUCACCAUGGCCUGGGCACUGGUUCUCCUCACAGUUCUCAGUUACUACUCAGGUGUCAGUUCACAGUCACCUUGGAGUCAGCCUGCUUCAGAAUCUGUGUCCCCGGGACAAACAGCCAAAAUCUCCUGUACUACCAACAGUGAAAAUUACAACAUUCAUUGGUAUCAGCAGAAGUCUGGACAGGCCCCUCGCUACGUCCAUUAUCCAGGAGGCAGCAGGGGAGACGGGAUCCCAGAUCGAUUCACGGCUUCUGUCUCUGGCAGCAUGGGCUAUUUAACCAUCACCAACAUGCAGCCUGAAGAUGAGGCAGAUUAUUACUGUCUCAAGUGGUACAGCAGUGCUAGCCAGUUCCACAGUGCAAAUGGGUCCAGAGUCCUGGUAAACCAGGCCAUUGUGGAGUGGGUGUGUGCAGAAUGGAACUCUGAAGCACCAUGGGUGUGCACAUUUGGGUGCACCCUGAGCCAGAAGGGGGCAUUUUUUUCUUGCAAGCGUAUUUUUCUUUUGUCACAGAAACUUCUUUUAACUCUCACCAUGGCUUGGGCCCUAUUUCUCCUCACAGUUCUCAAUUUCUACUCAGGUAUCACUUCCGUAUCACCUUGGAGUCAGCCUGCCUCAGCAUCUCCGUCCCCGGGACAAACAGCCAAAAUCUCCUGCUCUACCGACAGUGGAAGUGACACCAUCUUUUGGUAUCAACAGAAGUCUGGACAGGCCCCUCGCUAUGUGCAUGGUGCAGGUUACAGCAGGGGAGAUGGGAUCCCUGAACGAUUCACAGCUUCUGCUUCUGGCAGUACCGGCUAUUUAACCAUUACCAACAUCCAGCCUGAAGAUGAGGCAGAUUAUUACUGUGCUAAGUGGGAGAGGAGUGGUAGCGAGAUCCACAGUGCAGAGAAUCAGACUGAGCCCAAGAAACCUAGUGAGAUAUUCCAGAGACUCCAGCAAGUGCUAAAAAUUCCUCCAAGUGGCUAUUUAACCUUCGCUAGCAUCCAGGUGGAGGGGGAGACUGACUACUACUUGGUUAUAAAAUUACUGGAUAGCCAGAUGAGGAACUCGGAUAAAUGCCUGGGAUGGCGCAAACUUCAGCAUGAGUGGACUUGUUCGCCCUCAUCCGGUGUGGCUGUUGACCAUGUGGUUCCCAUGAUACCUGGCAUAGCUGUUUAUGGUGGUCAAAAGGGGACGCCCUCCUUCCUUUAUACCAGCAAAAAAGCUGGCUAG